AGAAGUUUGGUCACCCGUUUAAAAAAGAAGAUACGUAACCCCAUAUUUCUUCUCCAUAGCUGUACUUGUGUAUAUAUAUGUAUGUAUAUACGUAAUGGAUAAUAAGAGAAUCGUGUAACAUAAGCUAAAAAGAAGAAGGAAUUUGAAUUAUUGAAGGGUCCCCCUCUAUGGAUGCAUUUUGUUUGAAGCCAGGAAUCCAUGGAAUGACGUUGCCAAUCUCCGUUGCCGGGAAUGGGGUGCUAGAAGUCCGUACAAUCCAUUCUGCACAAAUUAGUACUGCGGCGGCGACGGGGCGGUUGCUGGCUGCUGUAAAAUCUCUGUCGCCGGAGAAUCCUUCUGUUUCCUCGGCGUCGGGGAGGAUUUCUCCAUGGGGUUUCACUUUCCGGCGGCCACUCAGAUCAUCGGAAGGUAAAAACCUGUACAAACCGGCAGUUGCUUCGGACGACACCGUUUGGGUGGAUGGAGAAGUUGAUAAAGAAGAGGAGCUACCUGAAGGACCGAAUGGGAAUUGGGUUUUCAAAAUUUUGCAUGUAGGUUCUCUGUGGAAAGAAGGAGAAGAAAAAAAUGGUGGGAUCGUUGAGGAAUUGGAGGGUAAAAUGAAAGAAGAGGAUAAAGAUGGGGUUCCAAUUGCAAAUAAUAAUAAUGUUGAAGAAAAAAUGAAAUGUUGUGAAGGGUAUGAAGAAUGUGAUGUGUGUGCAAUUGAUGAUGAAGAAAAUUUUGAAUAUGAUAAAGAAUCAUUUUCAAAGCUGCUUAAGAAGUUGCCAUUGGCAGAAGCUAGAUUAUAUGCUCACAUGUCUUAUUUGGGAAAUUUAGCUUAUUCCAUUCCCAAAAUCAAGUCUAGGAAUCUCCUUAGAAACCAUGGACGCUUUGUGACCUCAUCAAUGGAGAAGAAAGAACAGGCGCUGAAGGCCCAUGAGGAGAUGACAUCGACCGAAAAGCCACACCAAGAAGAAAAUACAGCAGCCGAAGAAGCUCGGGAUGCAGAAGGCAAAGUGGAGAAGACUGAUGGAAAUGGGAUAAGCGCAUCUUCUGCUUAUCAAAUUGCUGCUUCUGCUGCUUCCUAUUUACAAUCUCAUACAAAAAGUGUUCUUCACUUCAAAUCCUCGAAAUUAAUGGGAAAUGAAAACUUGCCUGAAGAAACCGGUGAAAUCGAGAACAAUGUCGAUAUGAUAAACCAGGAUAUAGCUUCAUUAAUGGCAACCACAAAUUCUGUUACAGCAGUGGUUUCUGCAAAGGAGGAAGUAAAGCAAGCUGUUGCAGAUGAUCUAAAUUCGGCUCACUCAUCACCAUGUGAGUGGUUUGUAUGUGAUGAUGAUCACAGUGCCACAAGAUUCUUUGUCAUUCAGGGUUCAGAGUCACUGGCAUCCUGGCAAGCCAAUCUACUCUUUGAGCCAAUUCAGUUUGAGGGACUGGAUGUGCUUGUGCAUAGAGGAGUUUACGAGGCUGCGAAAGGGAUUUACAACCAGAUUUUGCCUGAAGUUCACGCACACCUAAAAUCCCACGGAGAGCGUGCCAGAUUUCGUUUCACAGGACACUCUCUUGGGGGAAGUCUAUCUUUGCUUAUAAAUCUCAUGUUGCUAAUAAAGGGUGAAGCACCUGUUUCUUCGUUGCUUCCAGUCAUAACUUUUGGUGCACCAUCAAUAAUGUGCGGAGGGGAUCGUCUCCUGCGCAGACUAGGACUGCCUCAAAGUCAUGUACAGGCAAUCACAAUGCAUAGAGACAUCGUUCCCCGAGCAUUCUCUUGCAACUAUCCUAAUCAUGUGAUGGAGUUUCUUAAGGCUGUAAAUGGGAACUUUAGGAAUCAUCCAUGUCUUAAUUACCAGAAGCAGUUAUACGAUCCAAUGGGAGAGUUUAUAAUUCUUCAGCCAGAAGAGAAUUUUUCUCCAAACCACCAUCUUCUUCCCUCAGGCAGCGGUCUUUAUUUAUUGACCUGUCCUGAGACAGAUGCCAGCAAGGCAGCCAAGCAAAACCGGGUUGCACGUGCAGCAUUUUUGAACUCACCACACCCACUUGAGAUAUUGAGUGACCGCUCUGCAUAUGGUUCUGAAGGAACCAUUAUGAGAGAUCAUGACAUGAACUCGUACUUGAAAUCUCUUAGGAAUGUUAUCCGUCGAGAUCUCAACCACAUUAGAAAAUCCAGGCGAGAACACCGGCGUAAAGUUUGGUGGCCACUCGUGACACCACGAGGAUUUAAUGCUGGCGUCCUUUUGAGUAGGCCGAUUAUAUCAGGUAACAAGGGCCAAGGUCAAUUUCAUUUUUCCGGACUCUUACAAUCUGGUAAAGAGUCUUUCAAACGGCUUAGUAGGCUCGUUGCACCACAGCAUAUGCAUUUGUUUGUUGUGCUCUGGUUCCCUGCAAGGUGGUUAAUAUUCGGUUUUUGCAACCUGAUCAAUUUUCAUUGAUCAGGCAAGUCGUAGAACACCACAUCUCCAGAGAAGAAAAGCUUGUGCCUAUACAUAUAAGACCUGCGAGCAAACUACUAUUGAGGCUUUUUUUUUUACAAGGAAAGAUACAAAGGUGGGUCGUUACAAGGUCCUAAAUUGUCAAUAUCGAGUAGAUUAGUCAUUGCAAAAUGGUAUUAAUACUUUGGUUAGAAGUGAACUGGCGAGGACACCGGGCUCCAUGAGGCUGGUCAAUAUUGGGUAGGUUUGACCGGUCCCUACACAACUAGGGUAAAUGGUGCUUGGUAACGCUUGGUACAUUGUUUUAGACGAAUGUGUUUUAAGUAGACAAUUCUUUAUUCAUUUGUCUAUAGACGCUUGCAACUCAUAUUCCCUUAUUUUGAAGGCGGGAAAAUUGGUAAGUUGCAUUUAGAGAAAACAUAGUUCCCGUAAAUGAGAAAUUUAAUUUUCAUUGUGAUAGUUUCAACAAAAAUUUAUGCUAUAUCAACAUUUCUUGUUGAUCGUUUUCUCGGAAAAGCAUGUAUAUUGACAUUUGUUGGUGUUCCAUGGAUUCGGGCACUAAGUGCAUAGGUGGUCAUUUUUGUAUUCAUUUCCAAAUGCCACUUCUUCUGUUGCAUA